AUGGAGUCACAGAUGAGGUCUGGCUCGUCAUCCCCUCCCACCAUUCAAUUUCCAGUGAGCUUAGGAUACGAUCAACCGGCGCCGAAUCUGAGGAGAGUUGUCGAUGAAAGGGAUUUCUUCGCCGAGAACAAGGUCGAGGUCAGCGGUGGUGGAGAAGGAGGAGACCGUAUGCACCAGGAUGAUGAUGAUAAUGAAUCUGUCUUAGAUUUCAAAGUGAAUACUGGAUUGCAUCUUCAUCCGAGCAAUGAGGAUGGAGACGAGAAGAUGUGUUGUAUUUUAGAAAACAAGAGAGCAAAAGAUGAGAUGCUACUUCUUCGAGCUGAAAUGGGGCGGCUCAAGUCGGAAAAUUUCCAUCUAAAAGAGAUGUUGACGAAAAUAAGAAAUGAUUAUAACAAUCUCCAUAUGCACGUGACAAGGAAGCAACCGGAGCAGUCUUACGGAAACUACGACGAAAAACACCAGAAUUCUAAUGGAAAUGUUGGAUCUGUCCCUAGACAAUUUAUGGAUCUUGGAUUGGCCGUCGCACCCGAAAAGGAUGUAGGUCAUUUGUCUCCACCUGAGAGAAGGACCACAAGGGUCCCAUCUCGAAUAGCAGAUAAAAAUGUCACUGAAGAGGAAGAAAAUGGUCCUGUGAACAAAGCAGCUAGAAUUGCUAACCAAUCUUCAAGAUCUACUGAUCAAGCCACCGAGGCUACUAUGAGGAAGGCUAGGGUGUCUGUCCGUGCUCGUUCCGAUGCUCACAUGAUGACGGAUGGAUGCCAAUGGAGGAAAUAUGGUCAAAAACUGGCGAAAGGGAAUCCAAGUCCGCGGGCAUAUUAUCGUUGUACAAUGGCAGCUGGAUGCCCCGUUAGGAAACAAGUCCAACGAUGCGCGGAAGACGAGGGUGUCCUGAUAACAACCUACGAGGGCAACCACAACCACCCGUUGCCCCCGGCAGCCGUUGCAAUGGCAUCGACAACAUCCUCGGCAGCCAGGAUGCUCCUCUCGGGGUCAAUGCCGAGCCCCGAUGGGCUAAUAAACUCAAGCUACCUGGCAAGGACACUCCUCCCGUGCUCUUCUAGCAUGGCAACCAUCUCCGCCUCGGCCCCAUUCCCCACCGUCACAUUAGACCUAACCCACCAACAACUCAACGACAUUCAAUUCCCAAGACCCCCUAACCAAUUCCCCAUACCCUUCCUCCAAAACCCCCAUGCUGCCGCCGCCAACUUCCUCCCACAAAUCGUCGGGCAAGCUUUGUACAAUCAAUCCAGAUUCUCGGGAUUGCAAAUGUCGCAAGAAAUGGAGCAGAACCCCAAUGGUGGUAGUGGCAGCACGACUACGCAAAAUCAGCUGAGCCAUGACACUGUCAAUGCACUUGCUGCUGAUCCCAACUUUGCCACAGCUUUGGCCGCGGCCAUCUCUUCGAUCAUCAGUGCGCCCUACCCCAACAACACCGGAAACAACAUCAACACCACUAACAAUAACAAUAAUGUUGUGAGCAACAACAAUGGGAGUAGUACUCUCACCACCACCAGCAACGCUAGCGACGCGACCAAUAAAGUCACCAGCAGCAAUUAUCAAGGGAAAUAA